AUGCUUAUGCAAUACCUCCCCCUCGUCGGGGCUGCCCUGGCGGGUGUCUGCCAGGCCGCCCCGUCGAAGAUCCUCUCCCCCGAGGUGCCCGUCGAUAUUGCCAUCCCCAUCGAGGCCGAGGUUGCCGGCCGCAGCCUGGCUCCCAUCAGCUUCCCCGUCAACAAGCACUGGGACCACGAGACGCUGUUCUCCGGUCUGAUCGACGUUGACGCCAAUGUCAACCUCGGCCUCAGCCUGCCCAAGGCUGCCAUCGCCGGUGACAUUGCUAUCGAGCUUGGUGCCGACUUCCUCCUGGCCCCCACCAUCAAGGUUCUGCUCGGUGGCGUCAAGGCCUACGUCGAGGUCGAUGUUGCCGCUACCGCUGGCGUCUUCCAGUCCAUUGAGCUCGUCAGCUCCGAGAAGCUCAAGAUCGCCGUCCCCGGCCUGCUCGAGGUCGACAUCGGUGCUGCUUUCGCUCUCGACUUGGUUCUCGGUGUCUCUGCUGCCGUCGACCUCGAGGCCGGUUUCUACGUCUCCUUCCCCGAGGGCUCGUUCAUCGAGAUCAACCUGCUGACCCACAAGAUCGGCCGCCACAUGCUCGACGGCCUGGUCGCUAACCCGCUGCCCAUCGCCGUCGGUGCUGAGGUCGAUCUGUCUGCUGCUGUCGAGCUCGACAUCGGUCUCCGCCUGCGUGCCGAGCUCGGCAUCGGCGCAGGCCUCGACCUGCUCGGCCUUGACAUUGGUGCUGGUGCUGACCUUGCCAUCUGGGUCUCCCUGUUCGACUACACCACCACCCUCAUCAACACCCCCGAGUGCGCUCUCUCCGUCGUCGAGGCUUUCGACCUCAACGUCGGUAUUGCCCUUGACAUCAACGUCGAUGUUGACAUCCUGGCUCUCACCCUGGCUCCCACUGCCUCCGUCACCCUGGCUGCUGCCCCCGUUGCCACCAUCUGCCUGCCUCCUGGUGGCGGCCACAUUCCUCUGCCUCCCCCUAUUGGCUCUGGCCCCGGCAACAACGGCCCCGGCAACAACGGCCCUGGUAACAACGGCCCUGGCAACGGCCACGGCAACCACGGCGGCAGCAAGGGCACUGCGAGCGCUACGGCCACUGGCGGUGAUAAGGGUACUGCUACGGCCACUGGCGGUAACAAGGCUACUGCUACUGCUACGGCGACUGGUGGUUCCGGCUACCCGACCAUCACCCGCGCCCCGACCAACGCCAACCAGACAGGCCUGUACCCCACCUCCACCGGCGGUGCUGGCGACAUGAUCACGUCGACCAUCCACACCACCAAGACCUACACCAUCACCUCCUGCGCCGCCUCUGUCGUCAACUGCCCGGCCGAGCACACUCAGAAGAUCAUCACCAGCACCACCAUCUCGACCAUCUUCACCUGCCCCGCCAGCACCACCUCGGCCGACCAGGGCGUGCCCACCCCGGUCACCGCUCACACCACUGUGACGCUGACCACCUGCCCCGUCCCCACGACCGGCACCUUCGUCCCGCCCACGGGCAAGCCCACCCCAGUCCCCACCGUCACCAUCUGCGAGACCACCCCGGCCGGCAAGCCUUCCACUGGCUACCCCACCCAGCCCGCCCCCGUCACCAGCCCGGCCCAGUCCCAGCCCACCAAGGAGGUGACCAAGCCCGGCAACGGCGGUGAGACCAGCUACCCCGUCCAGAAGCCCAGCCAGAGCUACCCCGUCCAGCAGCCCAGCCAGAGCUACCCUGCCGAGCAGCCCAGCAAGAGCUACCCUGUUCAGCAGCCGCCUGCCAGCUACCCUGUCGGCCAGCCCACUCAGGGCUACCCCGUCACCACCGUCCCCAGCGCUCCCCACCCCUCGGGCACUGGCGCCGGCUACCCUGAGAAGCCUUGCCCCACCUGCGUCCCUGUCGCCGCUGGUGCCGUUCGCGUUGUCAGCCAGGCCCUGGUCGGUGUUGUCGCCGCCGGUGCCGCCUUUGCCCUGCUGUAA